CGAAGAGGCCGGUCCAGCCUGGGGAUCCUAGAGGUUCCAGCUCACCUGUCAGGCAUGUGAGUGCCACCCCACACCUGCCUCCACCCAGACACAGACCGAUCUGCCAGCUCCCGGGGAGGCUGACCAGCACAUUCCUCCUGGAGCAGCGGAGGACAGGGGCUGCAGGUGGAGGCCCAGCGUCAGCAGAGGGCAGGGACAAGCGGAGGAAGGCUGGGAGCCCGCGCACAGGGGGCCUGGGCCAGCAUGCUGCUGUGCCGGCUCUGGACGGCCUUCAUCAAGGCGCUGCUGGCUGAAUUCCUGGCCACAGGGCUGUACGUGUUCUUCGGCGUGGGCUCGGUGCUGCACUGGCCCUCGGCACUGCCCUCCGUGCUGCAGGUGGCCAUCACCUUCAACUUGGCCACCGCCAUGGCUGUGCAGAUCACGUGGAAGGCAAGCGGAGCCCACGUCAACCCUGCUGUGACCCUGGCUUUCCUCGUGGGCUCCCACAUCUCCCUGCCCCGAGCUGUGGCCUAUGUGGCUGCCCAACUGGCAGGGGCCACUGUGGGGGCUGCUCUGCUGUACGGGGUCACGCCUGGAGACAUCCGGGGCACCCUGGGGAUCAAUGUGGUCCGGAACGACAUCUCGAUGGGCCAAGCGGUGGCCGUGGAGCUGGUCCUGACGCUGCAGCUGGUGCUGUGUGUGUUCGCCUCCACCGACACCCGCCAGUCCUCAGGCUCCCCCGCCGUCAUCAUCGGCAUCUCCGUGGCUCUGGGCCAUCUGGUUGGGAUCUACUUCACAGGCUGUUCCAUGAACCCCGCCCGCUCCUUUGGACCCGCGGUCAUUGUUGGCCAGUUCACUGUGCACUGGAUCUUCUGGGUGGGACCUCUGACGGGGGCAGUCCUGGCUUCACUGAUCUACAACUUCAUCCUAUUCCCUGACGCCAAGACGUUGGCCCAGCGACUGGCCAUCCUCACGGGCACCUUGGAGGUAGACACUGUGGUCGGGGAGGAGCCCCAGAAGAAAAAUUCCCAGUCUGAUUCAGGGACCACCGAAAUGGAGAGCGUGUCUGAUGGCAUAGGCCUUGGGCCUGGCCCUUGGGCUCCAGAGAGGAGCCUUGGAGGCCCUCCUACGGGAACAUUCCAGAGAAAGGAAGUCCCCAUCCUACCCCUGGACCAGAAAGCUUCUUCCUAUGCCCCAGAUUCUCAAGUCAACUGGGAUCCCCAAAAAACUGUUGAGUGAGUCCCCAGGGUGCUAAGAACCCUGGGGGUGACUCAGGAAACCAAGACGGCGGGGCCCAGUUUGCCCUGCUCAUGAUUUGGGCUCUUAUCUGGAUCUUGGCUCCCCCAUCUGUAAAAUGGGCACACCCUUCCCUCGCUGGGGAACUGCUGUGGAAAUAAAUGUGUUUAUGGAAGUUAACAUGCUGGGAAGAAGCACCCAAUAAAUAGACGAUGAUGCUUGUUGCUAUUCCUGCAA